UCCUCUUCAUCACCUUCCCUUUAGCCUAGCUCAAUGACUUAGUAUUCAUAUUCAUGAUUUGUCUUCCCCUGAAUGAAACCAUCAUCUCACUCACAAAACUCACAAAACGUCCAAGCUUUCCAACCCCAACCAGCAGCACAAGGAACCAUGGCCUUCCCCACCCCCCACAUCCAUCCGCCCCAAACCACCCACACGCACACAGCCAUCCUCCUCCACGGCCGCGGAAGCAACGGCCCCGAAUUCGCCGACGAGCUUUUCUCGUCUCUAACCUCGCACAACAAAUCCCUCCCUGAUGCCCUCUCCACCUGGCGCUGGGUAUUCCCCACCUCGCGCGACCGCCUCUCCACGCGCUUCCAGGAAGAGAUCUGUUCCUGGUUCGAUGCGUAUUCCCUCUCCGACGUCCAAGAACGCCAGGACCUGCAGAUUGAGGGGCUCAGGGAGUCUGUCUCUUUUAUCCUCGAUAUCCUCGAGCAGGAAAUCAGCUUACUGGAUGGAAGAGCAAGCCACGUUUAUCUUGGGGGUGUUAGCCAGGGCAUGGCAACCGCUCUCUGGACUUUGUUCUGCGCGGGGGGAAGGAUCGAGCGGUGUCUUGGUGGUGUCGUUGGGUUCUGUGGGUGGGUGCCCUUUGCCAGGGAGAUUGAGGGGUUGAUUCAGCGGGCGGCUGGAGAUGACAUGCUCCGGAUUCAGCGGCUGGUUUGCGGGUUCUGUGUUCAGACGCUUGGAUUCUCGCAGUCUUAUGAAGAGGUAGAAAGUCAAGAUGAUAUCUGGGUGCCGGUGGAGCUGGGGAGGCAGGCGUUGCAGGUUGUCAAGGGGCUUGCCGCGGGGGCGGUGGAGUGGAUGGAGUAUGCUGGGGCAGAGGGGGAUGGCCAUUGGAUUAAAGAGCCGGAGGGGUUUGAUGUUAUUCUUAAGUUCUUGAGAGGUGGGUCGCAGCUUGCCUGAAAUAGCCCGUGCAUGUAGCUUAUCCUAUCCUUACGCCGUUCCCUAAUGAGGAUCGCCCCGACAUAAAUACAACAUACAGC